AUGGUGAGCCAGCUAGUUUGGCAGCGGGCAUCUGCCGCUCGCGGGCUGGCACGCCUGUCUCCGCAACGACCCUUCGCCCGUGGCCUGGCCACCGAGUCCUCUUCCUCGCGCAUGCCGCCCUACCCCAAAAUUGUCCGGAACCUCGAACAAGUCCGCAGAGUCCUGGGCUCUGAGCGUGCCCUCACCCUCGCCGAAAAAAUCCUCUACGCCCAUCUGGAGAACGCAGAGGAAUCCCUGUUGUCCGGCACCAACAAUGGCCGCGAUGUCCGGGGCAAGGCCAAUCUGAAGCUCAAGCCGGAUCGUGUGGCGAUGCAGGAUGCCUCGGCGCAAAUGGCCCUGCUGCAGUUCAUGUCCUGCGGUCUGCCCUCAACGGCUGUGCCCGCCAGUAUCCACUGUGACCAUAUGAUUGUUGGCGAGCGCGGCGCGGAUACCGACUUGCCGGCGUCGAUCAAGGGGAACAGCGAGGUGUUUGACUUUUUGGAGAGUGCCGCAAAGCGCUACGGUAUUGAGUUCUGGCCUCCCGGUGCAGGUAUCAUUCACCAGAGCGUGUUGGAGAACUACGCUGCUCCGGGAUUGAUGAUGCUCGGUACUGACAGUCACACCCCUAACGGAGGUGGUCUGGGCGCUAUUGCGAUUGGUGUUGGUGGUGCCGAUGCAGUUGAUGCGCUUGUGGAUGCUCCGUGGGAGCUGAAGGCCCCCAAGGUCCUGGGUGUUCGUCUCGAGGGUCAGCUGAGCGGCUGGGCAUCUCCUAAGGACAUCAUCUUGCAUUUGGCCGGCAAACUGACCGUUCGUGGCGGUACUGGAUUUGUCAUUGAGUAUCACGGUCCGGGUGUGGACACCCUCAGCUGCACAGGCAUGGCCACUUGCUGCAACAUGGGUGCCGAGGUGGGCGCCACCACUUCGAUCUUCCCUUUCUCGCAGAGCAUGGUACCGUAUCUGCAGGCAACUCACCGCAGCCAUGUUGCGCAGGCCGCGGCGGAGAUUGCAGCUGCUGGCCCGCAGAGCUUGCUACGGGCCGAUACGAAGGCCGAAUACGACCAGCUUAUUACGAUUAACCUAUCAGAACUGGAGCCCCAUAUCAACGGCCCAUUCACACCGGACCUGUCCGUGCCGCUUUCGCAGUUUGCGGAUACGGUACGCGAGAAGAAGUGGCCCGAGACUUUUGGUGCUGGUCUGAUUGGCAGCUGUACCAACUCGUCGUACGAGGACAUGACCCGCGCAGAGGAUUUGGUCAAGCAGGCUUCAGCAGCGGGCCUAAAGCCCAAGGCCGACUUCUUCAUCACUCCUGGUAGCGAGCAGAUUCGGGCUACGCUUGAUCGAGACCAGACCCUCAGCACGUUCUCUGAGGCCGGUGGCACGGUUCUGGCCAACGCAUGUGGACCCUGCAUUGGUCAGUGGAAGCGCACAGAUGGUGUGCCCAAGGGCGAGGACAAUGCGAUCUUCACCUCGUACAACCGCAACUUUCCCGGUCGUAAUGACGGCAACCGCCGCACCAUGAACUUCCUGGCAUCUCCCGAAGUUGUCACCGCUCUCUCCUACUCCGGCAGCACGACCUUCAACCCCAUGACUGACUCGAUCACCACUCCAAGCGGCGAGUCCUUCAAAUUCCAGCCCCCGAAGGGCUUCGACCUACCAAGUGCCGGCUUCGAGGCUGGUAACCCGGACUUCCAGCCCACGGCUGCGGUGCCCGACGCCAGCUGCGAGGUGGUUGUCUCGCCGACUUCGGACCGCCUGGCUCUCCUGGAGCCAUUCGCGCCUUUCCCGGAGGGCGACCUGUCCGGUCUUCAGGUGCUGUACAAGGUCAAGGGCCAGUGCACGACAGACACGAUCUCCGCCGCAGGCCCCUGGCUCAAGUAUAAGGGCCACCUGCCCAACAUCUCCGCAAACACGCUGAUCGGCGCUGUGAAUGCCGCGACUGGCGAGACGAACGUCGCAUACGACGAGGCCGGGCUACCGCACGGGAUCCCCGAAUUGGCCAGCCAGUGGAAGAAUCGCGGUAUCGAAUGGCUGGUUGUCGCCGAGGAUAACUACGGUGAGGGUUCUGCCCGUGAGCACGCCGCUCUGCAGCCCCGCUACCUCGGUGGCCGGGUUAUCGUCUCCAAGAGCUUCGCCCGCAUCCACGAGACGAACCUCAAGAAGCAAGGUGUUGUGCCUUUGACUUUUGCCAACCGUGAGGACUACGACCGUAUCGACGCAUGUGACCGUGUUGACACCGUUGGUCUCUACGAUGUUCUCAAGGCUGGUGGCCAGGGUGAGGUCCAGCUCCGCGUUACCAAGCAGAAGACUGGCGAGUCGUUCGUAAUUCCUGUCAAUCACACCCUCAGCAGCGCCCAGUGUGGUUUUGUCCUCGCGGGCAGUGCGUUGAACCUUCUGGCUAAGAAGGCUGGCUCUCAGUAA